AUGUCAGAAAAAUUACGGCUUUGUCGAAAUAUGGCUACUUAUUUAGGUCAAUUUAAGGCAGAUCCUAUUGAGCUUAAUAUUGAUUUCUUAAAUAAUACCAUUGCUGAGAAGAAAUUACCUGCUUGGUUUUUUAUAAAGCCAUAUUAUGAAUUAGGCACAUUGAGGCACUAUUUGAGAGAAAGGAAAAAGAAAAGACUUGAGCUUGAACCUUUAUAUGUACUCCAAAUGGCUGUCACAUUAUUUUCAAUAUUAACUGAUGCACAUAGUCAAAAUAUUGGACUUGUAGAUAUAACAAUGGACUCUUUAUAUGUAAAUACAGAUGGAGGCCUCUAUUUUGGUGGAUUUAAAUCCUGUGUUUCAUUAGACCCUGAAAGCUUAUCUAAACAAAAGGAUUCCUUCGAUACUAGUUCAAUAAAGUGUCCAGAGAUAAAAAUCAUUAAAGCAGGAAACUAUAUGAAAGAAUGCGAUGUCUUUUUGGCCUGUCAUGUUUUACUUCAAGUAAUACAAAAAAACUUUGGACAAUACACACGACUAUACAAACAGAUUUUAAAAGCAGAGAAAAUAGAAAUUUUGAGGGAAUACUUGAAUCCAAAAUUUAAAUUCCUUAUACCUGUGCUUGAACAAGGCCUGUGCUAUCGUUAUCAAGAUAGACCUCCUGCAUCUGAAUUACUAGUUGCUUUUGAAUCUAUGCAUGAAAUGAUAGAAAAAGAGUCUCUUGAUAAUACUGUUUUAGAAAGGCCAGGACUAUCAUCACAAGAAGAAAAAAGAGAAGAAGAGGAGGAACAACGAUUUUACGAGAUUGAUGGCCAACAAACCGAAAAUCCGACGAUUAAAGCAAACGCGCCAAAUAAAGCAAAAGAAAAUCAUACAAAAGAUUUCAAGAGAUUAUUAGAAAAUCUAUUUGUUCCUCGUCUAUCUAAACCUCCUACUCAAUCAAAGAUUAGACAUCUCUCAAUACCAUUACCAGAAUAUAAGAAGAAGGGAAAUAGUCAAACUGAGAAAGCUUUGCUCAAUAUGGUAAUUCAUCAAACCAAGAUCUAUAAACCCAAGGCGACUCUUCCCCGUAGUAUUAUGAAUUCCAUUUAUGGUCCUGAUUCAAAACAAUCACCCUAUAAUAACAAUAACGAAUCAAGUUUGGGCUCUUCACCUAUCCUUAAUUUCCUUCAUCAGGAAGAUAAACAAUUUAAUGAUGAACGUAUUAAAUUAAAGGAAAAGGAGAUGCAAACUAUUCAAGCCAUUACAGAGACUAAAACAUCGAGCGAAUUAUUAGAAUGUGUCCGGAAGGAAAUUAAUUUAUCUGAUGAUACGGAUGAAGUAACUAAACGAUAUCCUUUAUAUUAUCCUAAUUUACUUGUUAAGGCUAUUGAACAUGCUAUAUCAUCAAGGAAUGAUCCUUAUCUAGCUUUAACUAUAUUCGAGGAAGCUAAAAAUAAGAGUUUAGUGAGUUACAUUUUUGGAUGUACAACGCCUGUCUACAAUGCAAUUCUAUCAUUACGUUGGAAUACGUGGCGUGAUAUCUAUGGCAUGUUAGAUUUAGUAGAAGAAAUGACAUUAAAUGGUAUAGAAAUUGAUGAUAAUUCAAGAAGGAUUAUACGUAAAGUUGUGAAUGAGAUAGAGUAUGAAGGCAAUACAGGCCUUAUAGGUGAAGACAUCUUGAAGGAAGAAGAAAGUCAAGAAACAAUAUCUGCUGGUCUUUAUUGGAAUGCGGACGAAAGACGAAAUUGUCAUUUAUUAACUGAAUUAGGUGGAAAAUGGCUUAUUGCAAGGCAACAUUCAAAACAAGCAAGAUGA